AUGGCAUAUCAAUCGACGGGCCCCUACAGCGGCAAGGCUGACCAUAACAGCGCAUCCAAGCUGUCUAGCGGCUGCAUCUCGCUUGCAGACGGCAAGCAACAUAGAAAGCUCUGUCAAUGCCACGAGACUGUUAGGGCAAAGGUGUUGAACACGUUCGUCACCAGAGGAAGCUGCAAAGUCAUCGACAGGUCAAUGGUCGAAAUCCAGAAAAAGAUGCUGGCUCAUCAUAAACCUGACCGUGUUAUCGGGCUAAAAAGAGCUGUUGAGUUAGAACACCUCCUCACUGCUAACCCUAGCGUCCCGGGAACGGUGAUGGAGGACGAGUCUGGAAGCAUCCAGCAAUGUGCAGUUCGACCCAUUUUUUGGUUCCUGGCAAAUCGUGGAAAUGAAUGGAGAGUGUACGCCUGCGUCCCUGACCGCGGUCAAACUGCUGGACCGGACAUUCCGGGGCUGCAGGCCCAGACCAGUAUAGCUAUCCUAUCAGGGAUAUCAAGUCCUUCACCGAUUGAACCCGCCGAAAUCUCGCUGGUCCCUCCUUGGGGGACUUCUGAACAUAACAGUGGCUGGCAAUCCGUACAAUCAGUCUCUACGGUCCCUGAUGUAGUCGUCAAGUCCGAGAUUAAAGAUGAUUGGCGCCGCCUGGGGAAGCCCCAACACCCGUCCCUCACCAAGCGACGGUCCCUUGCUCUAUGCUUGCCUGCAUUGGGGGGCGACCAACGACAUGUUGACUGGGUGCUGACGAAAGAAUUAGCGUGCAUAACGGCGUCACCGGUUGCCAUUGCAGCCUUCGCAAAUAUUAUUGAUUACCCCACUGCAACAAGAAAUCUGCUUCUAAGCGCCUCGAUGACAUCGACCGAACGUGCGCCGCGCCUGAUCCACUGGCUCCGCCACCUUCCGCUGCUUGAACGAGUUCAAGCAGCGUCCAGGAGUCAGUUCCUGUAUUUGAAGGCGUUUUACGGUCGUAUAACAGCGGAUGACUGGAUCGAGAAUCGCGAGAAAGCGGCAUUUACUUCUCGUCUCUGGGAAUGCCGAGACUCGCAACCACGGACUUUCCUCAGAUGCCUCAAAAAUACCUACUCAAUUGCAGGAGCAAAACCACACUUUGGUGAUCCUGAGCAUGAUAACAAAAUCUUGCGGGUGCUUCGAGUUCCGAGAAUUGCCAAACAGUGA